AUGUCCCCCUCCAUCCCAGAGAUGCAGUGGGCUCAAGUAAUUGAGAAAAAGGGCGGACCACCGGUCUACAAACAAAUUCCCGUCCCAAAGCCCGGUCCUGAUGAAGUCCUCGUCAAAGUCCGCUACAGUGGUGUCUGCCACACUGACCUACACGCCAUGAAAGGUGACUGGCCCCUGGCCCUCAAACAGCCCCUGGUAGGUGGCCAUGAAGGGGCUGGCAUCGUCGUUGCCAAAGGAGAAUUGGCCCAUGGUAUUGAUAUUGGCGACCACGCCGGUAUCAAGUGGUUGAAUGGAUCGUGUCUGGCUUGCGAGUUCUGCAAGACCUCUGAUGAGCCCCUCUGUCCUCAUGCUGAGCUGUCUGGAUACACGGUUGACGGCACCUUCCAGCAAUACGCGAUUGGUAAGGCGGCGCAUGUGUCCAAGCUGCCCAAGGAGGUUGCGCUUGAUGCUGUGGCGCCGAUUCUUUGUGCCGGUGUGACUGUUUACAAGGGUCUGAAGGAGUCUGGCGCGAGGCCUGGUCAGACUGUUGCUAUUGUUGGCGCCGGUGGUGGUCUUGGCUCGUUGGCUCAGCAAUAUGCCAAGGCUAUGGGAUUGCGCGUGGUUGCUAUUGACGGUGGCGAGGAGAAGCGUGCUAUGUGUGAGCAGCUGGGUGCUGAGGCCUACGUUGAUUACACAAAGUCAAAGGACCUCGUCGAAGACGUCAAGGCCGCUACCCCCGAAGGCCUGGGUGCUCACGCCGUGCUUCUCCUUGCUGUAUCGGAGAAGCCCUUCCAGCAGGCUGUAGAGUAUGCUCGCUCUCGUGGCACGAUCGUUGCUAUUGGUAUGCCUGCCAAUGCCUUCCUCAAGGCUCCCGUCUUCAACACAGUCGUCAGGAUGAUCAACAUCAAGGGCAGCUACGUCGGCAACCGCCAGGAUGGUGUCGAGGCUGUUGACUUCUUUGCGCGUGGUUUGAUCAAUGCCCCGUACAAGACUGUUCCUCUGAAGGAAUUGCCAGAGGUCUUUGAGCUAAUGGAACAAGGCAAGAUUGCCGGUCGCUAUGUCCUCGAGAUCCCAGAGUAA